AUGGAGCGGCAGUCGAGCAUGAUCAGUGCGCCGUUCAAGGCGCCUCGUCGUCGCUCUGCCAUCACCAUCAUCGUCCCGGGCGAGGAGACAAACCCGUUUCAGAAGGACAUCAGCAAAACUGUCCAUAUGGAGGAUUGCAGCACCUUCGAGAGCUUUAAAGCGAAGCCGCGCUGCCCCACUCCCGACUUCGACGGCGCUGCCCAUGAGGGCGAGCACAUACAUGGCCUGCCUACAGGUGCGGGAGCUCGAAUGCCACACCCCAACGGCAACAAUGCCAUGGGAACCGAGAACGGGGUUUGGCAUCACAACAAGCCCCGAGCCACUGCUCAGGCGCCAGUGCCCCAAGGCGAUGGCACUCCCGCUCUCUUGCCGCAAGUCCCCCCUUCACCGAAGCAGCAGCGGCAACCGAAAAAUCAGUCACUGCGUGGUGCGGCCUCGAAUCGACUCGCAGACAUGCACCUCUUUCCUCUGGCCCCAUCAUCCACAGCCACAUCAAUGCGAAAGGCGGGUACCAGACACAAAGUCAACCCGGUCGUCGCAGCCUCUGCCCCUUCGCAUGCGUCACUGCUCGGCGCCACCAAGACAGAGGACGACACUUCGCGGCGCCUCGGUGCACCGGUUAGCAGCACGAGUGAAAGCCGCCGUUCCGUCGCCGAGAACAGCAUCGCUUUCAGCAGUGCGCCUGUCUUAUCCUCCUCCGAUGAAAUGCCCCCGCGGACGAGCCGGAGAAUUCGCUCCAGCAGUCGACUCUCGCUGCACCCCGCCAGUGCCCACGGAGCAACAGCCGGCUUGAGCGGCAACAGCAAAAGCAAAAGCGGCGCCGCCCCCGCGAGCGCUCGCCCACUGCUGAGCUCCGCGGGCUCCACAGCUUCGAACAUGGUCACCGCCAUCGGUGUCCACGGCACCCGCAGCGGUCUUCCAUCCCCACAACUCCGGUCGGCCCCACCGCUGCAGCCGAACACCAUGUUUAACACCGCAGCGCGACGGCAAUCAUUCCCGUCCAGCUACGCAAGCAUGCCUUCCGACGCCACGGACUCGUCUCGAGGCGACUAUCAGGGAGUCAGCUACUCGAGCUCCAGCCGUCGCUCGACGAUGCCACAAUCUAGAGUGCCGCAUGACAUCAACCUAGCGCGUGUCCCGCGCCCGCAUGUCCGGCGUCGGCAGCAAGAGUUGCUGGCGGCCAGCUCAAGGAAUGAGGUGCGGGAAGCGGAGUCGAAGUUUAUAUCCGACGGACUUUCCUCGCCCUUCCCAUCGCACAGCGUUAGCGAGCGCGGCAACAGCAACGACUGCGGCUCCAGCUCGGGGAACACGGAGUACAGUAAUUCAUCCUCCGUGGCGGGUGACCUGUCCGUGGUGAUCAGCGACUCCGAUCUGGCCAGUGCUGUGAGUCUCGCGUCUGCAUUCGCAGCACGGGCACCUCCGCGGCAACGCUCAGAGUCGCCGCUGGCUGAUCUCUCAAACCUCCUUGCACCAGGCGUGACAACCCGAAGUGCCGCCGUGCCCGAAAAGUAUUCACUAGUGGUGUCCCCGCCGGCAUCGCUGUCAGAUGUCUGCGCUGUCAAUGGAAGCCGUUCCAGCAACGGCAAGGAAGCGGAGGAACACGAUGCGGAUAGCACCCGCUCUGUGGACGUGGCCGAUCUCCCAUCCACGACAGACUUUCCCGUGCUGAUGGGACCGCCUAGGUUUCUCGCAGCAGCGAGUGAGCGGCAGGGGAAACUCACGACAGUUUCCAGCCGCCCCCUCAACGCCAACAGCGGCAGCAACUCAGUCGAUGGAAUACGGGACGAACAGAGCGACGCCUCUAUCAGCAACUUCAGUCUGCUGCCAAACGAUGACAGUACCGCCCCCAACGUCGUCAUAUCUUCUUCACCGAUCACUAACGUCGCACCGGCAUCACCAUUGUCACCGAAGUUCACGCAUGUCCAGGAGCGGACGCGUCGCGCGCGUGGCAGCACUGUGCUCCUUCCGUCUCCAGUGGACCUGAACAGCCUAGUCUUCUGGAAAGAGAACGAGCGGUCUAUUUCUUCGCCACUGGCGUCUUACUCCAAGCACCGUGCCCACUCAGCCUCGCGAUCUGGCUCGACGAAGGGCGGCAGCAGCGGUGGAGGCUAUGCGCAUGACGGCGAAGGCGGCAAGGGCAGCGCCGCAGUUCAUCUAGAGACUGAUUCGAACCGCCAGGAGACCGUAACGAAGCCGAAUACGAGAGCGAGCAGCGGUGGGCACGCCAGCCUAUUCCAGACACGCAAGCGCAACGAGGACGGCGCCGUUGACGCCACGGGCGACUCCACCCUGCAACUGAGCGCGUUACGCACCGGCAGUCGAGGGCCUGCAAGCGGCCCACCUGACCAGGUCGCACAGCCGUCCUCUGCCGUGGCGUGCUUGACAGCAGCCGAGAAGGAGAGGUGGUCCGUGACACAGUCGCUGAGCAUCGACGCCGACCUCUUUUCCUUCUCUCAGCUGCCCCAAGAGAAGCGGGGUAGUAUGGUGGCAAAGCUGCGAAACAUGUUCGAAAGCAGCACGGAGAAGCAUCCGCGCAGCAGCAGCAGCCAAGCGGGGUCACUGAUAGCUACUCCAUCACCAACGGACCAGGGCAGCCCCAUGCGGCACGUGAGCUCCCUUAAUAGCCACAACAACGGCAAUAGCAGCAGCAGCGCCGCCAAGAGCAGCUCAAAGUGGAAAACGGAAGAUGAUUCGAGGAAGGCAUCGCCUUCUUUAUGGAAGGAGGUGGGAGACAGCAGCCAGAGGCCGAUAUCGCUGCAGUGUCAUAAGUCAUCGACCGCUGCUCCACCGGUGGCGAACUGCAGCUCACCUCUCCUCUUUCCGCGAUCUCCCACAGUGGCGACGUCUGAGAAGGGGGCUCUACCGCCGUUAACAAGCACAGUCAACUCGGGCAGGGUAUCCGGUGCUUAUCCCCAGAGCUCUCAUACGAACUCGGACUGCACCGCAACAGGCAACUCAGCCACGCCACCUCCAAGGGUUCACCAUGCGAAAAUGGAUCUGCAGCACGAGGCCUCGUCUGUGAAAAACUCUGUCGGCAUGCUCUCAUGCAUUUCCCCGCAAGCCAGCGACCCCGGGUUCUCCCUCGCAUGCUUCAAGGUCUCUAAUGUCUCCGCGGACACCGUAAACAUGUUCGACCGCGGCGAUUUUUGA